AUGGGCAGUCGGGGCACCUCGACCGCCAGCGGGCCGUUCUCUGGAGGGUUUGCCGGAUCUUCAAGUCGAUCGGGCGGCUGGUUCGGCGGCGGCGGUGGCGGACCUGGCGGCGGAUUCGGCGGCGGCGGCGGUAGAUCCUUCAAGUCUGAAGGCAAGGGGUUUAGCCAAGCAGAUGCUUCGCGAAGGCGCGAAACCAGAAUUAACGCCGACAGGCUUCAUGUCAUGACUCCCGCCGAAGAACUCGACAGCGACGACGAUGCCACGAUGCAGGCGCUGAAAACCCGAACGGCCAGCACAAUGCCGAUGGGCAUAUACCGAAGGGAGCACAAGGAACAGGGAGUGGUCGUGGCUACUACGGCCGAGCUGGAGGCGGCGGAUCAAGCCAAUGGCGAGGAGGAAAGCCUCUGGGUCGACGGGGAGGGAUCUGCACCACCAGCACAGCUGCCUGAGGAGGGCGUAUGGGAUGUCAAGGCGGACAAAAAGGUUCACAUUAAGCAAGAGCCCGAGAUCGAAGACAAGAUGGAUCUCGACAGUGAGAUCAAGCAGGCGCCUGGAAAGGGAAAGGAGCCUGCCCUGGAAGCAAAGCCCAAGAAGGAGGUCGCGCAGGACCCCGAAGAGAAGACAAUCCAGGACGACAUGCAGCUUCUCGCGAGCGAGCUGGGGGCCGUCACAAUGACCGAGGACGGCAAAAUCAAGACCGAGGGACCGGCGAACAAGGACGGCCGGCUGUACUUGUUUCAGUUUCCGCCUCUGCUGCCGCCCCUGAAGAUGACGUCUGGUUCGCAUCCCAACGUCAAGGAGGAGCGCGGUUCUUUCGGCGGGCUCGACGCGGCGCCCGUCGACCUGACCCGGGAAGAUGCCGGGCGGCGUGCAGGGGCCGAGACGGCGGCGGAGGAGGAGGAGGAAGACGAAGACGAAGAGGAGGCGGCAGGCGGAUUCCGGUCGCAGCUGCUCUCGCGGGGCGGCAUGAUCGGCAAGCUCAACGUGCGGCGGUCGGGCAAGGUGGAGUUCGACUGGGGCGGCAUGACGCUCGAGAUGAGCCCCGCGGCGGGCAUGAACUUUUUGACGACGGCUGUCAUUGUGGAGGAGAACGACGAGAAGGCGCAGCACGACAAGGUGGGCGGCGACGCCGUGGGCAUGGGCAAGAUCAUGGGGCGCUUCAUCCUGGCACCCAUCUGGAGCGACGAGGAGGAAUGGAACGUUGCGCCUGAGGAGCUGGCUGUGGAGUGA